AUGCGCGAGUGUGUGUCCUUGCAUGUUGGACAGGCUGGUGUCCAAAUCGGGAACGCCUGUUGGGAGUUGUACUGCCUGGAACAUGGCAUACAGCCUGACGGGAAGUUACAAAUCGACGACAAGACCGCCAGCUUUGGGGACGCCUCAUUCAACGCGUUUUUCAACGAGACGGAAGGGGGCAAACACGUUCCCUUGGCUAUUUUCGUCGACCUGGAACCCUCUGUCAUCGAUGAAGUAAAAAACGGGCCAUACAAGUCCCUCUUUCAUCCUGAACAGAUGAUUUCUGGCAAGGAAGACGCUGCCAACAACUUUGCAAGAGGAUAUUACUCCAUUGGAAAGGGGAUUAUUGACGAAACGUUGGAUCAAAUCCGUAAAGUGACGGAGAGCUGCUCAGGUCUUCAGGGCUUCCUAGUUCAUCACAGCUUCGGUGGUGGGACGGGGUCAGGGUUCACCGCCCUACUGAUGGAGAAACUAUCUGUAGAGUACGGCAAGAAGUCCAAACUACAAUUUUCCAUCUACCCGGCUCCCAAAAUGUCCACCGCAGUGGUUGAGCCGUAUAACUCCAUCCUGCUCACUCACACCACCCUGGAACACGCCGAUUGCUCCUUCAUGGUCGACAACGAGGCGCUGUACGACAUCUGCUGCCGCGGGCUUGACGUUGAGCGUCCCACCUACACCACCCUCAACCGUAUGAUAGGGCAGGUCAUCUCGUCCAUCACCGCCUCCUUGAGGUUUGACGGCGCCCUGAACGUGGAUCUUGCCGAUUUCCAGACCAACCUGGUGCCGUAUCCACGCAUCCACUUUCCUCUGUCCGCCUAUGCCCCCAUCAUCUCGACAGAGAAGUCUUACUAUGAAGAUAUGUCUGUUGGUAAGAUCACUGCUAGUUGCUUCGAGCCAGGCAACCAGAUGGUAAAGUGCGACCCUCGGAAAGGGAAGUACAUGGCGUGUUGCCUGUUGUACCGUGGUGAUGUAGUUCCCACGGAUGUGAUCUCUGCCAUCGACAACAUCAAGACCCUGAAGUCUAUCCAGUUUGUGGACUGGUGCCCGACAGGCUUCAAGGACCUGGCCAAUGGGCAGCCUUCCACCGUGGUGCAUGGUGGAGACCUGGCCAAGGUGAAGCGGGCCGUGUGCAUGUUGAGCAACACCACUGCCAUCGCCGGGGCCUGGGCCCUGUUAAACCACAAGUUUGACCUGAUGUACGCCAAGCGUGCCUUCAUUCACUGGUACGUUGGGGAGGGUAUGGAGGAAGGGGAGUUUAUCGAGGCCCGAGAAGACUUGGCGGUCCUUGAGAAGGAUUAUGAAGAGAUUGACAAGGACUUCGGGUCCGAUGGAGUGGAAGACGAGGAAUUCUAGUCUGCACAAUGUAACCGCACAUUUAUACCUACUGUUUUGUUUGCUUCGCUUACGUCAUAGUGUACGUAGGCACUGUAUUGAAUAAAAGCUAAAAUACGACUAUAAUCACACCUGAAAGUAAUUUUCGAAAUACUGCUUUGCUUAUACUGCUUUGAUUGAUUAAUUAUACCAAUAUUUAACUACC